AUGCCGAACAAGCGGGCUUCGCGGAACGCUUACUUCUUCUUCGCUCUGGGCAUGAUCCCGGAGCUGCGGCGCCGCGGGUUCUGUGUGUCCGGAGUGAAGGAGGCCAUACCGCUGUGCUCCGGGGACUGGGCCUUGCUUUCGGCUGAAGAAAGGGAAAAAUAUGCAGAAAAGGCCAAAGAGUGGAAGAGCCGCGACCUUGAAUCUCCGAGACCAAGCGCUGAUAAUCAUGAAAAGGUGCUAAGGUUUAAUUAUCAGGUUGAAGGAGAACAGAGAGGGCAAGACCAGUACAGCAAGAGCCGUGAAGGGGUUUUCCAACAUCGGUAUGGACGGCAUGUCACCGCUACAACUAGUAAUCAGCUGCUGCAGCCACAUGUCCAGCACAUGUCACCUAACAUCCCAUGUAAACAUGAUUUGAUGGGGAAUGAAGGCAUCGGCGAUGCAAAAAUGCAGCAGAAUUUAAAAGAUUUGGAGAAAUGUGUGAUUUACGUCCUCAACAUCUUCAGCCACGGAGAGAUGCCCAGCCUGUGCGAGCAGCGAUUCGUUCCCUGUGAGAUCGGCUGCGUGCGCUACUCCCUGCAGAACGGGAUCAUAGACUCCUUCCACGACUUCAUUGAUCCAGGAGAGCUGCCGCUUGGAUUCCGCUAUUACUGUCAUGAAGGGAGUUCGGCUACACAUCAGAUCCCGGUGUCUGGAUUUGAACUUGCAAACAGGGAUUACCACAACCUCUUCCGCUCAUUAUGUGACUUUGUGUGCCCUGCGAGGAAGCGCAGCACUUCUGUCUACUGCAGGAGCAAUGACAUAUAUCGAGUCAAAUGGAGUCUUAACUGGCUGGCUGUCAAAGCUGGUAUUGAGAAUAUCUUUGAGCUGCAGGAUAUAGAAAGCCUAAUCAUUAAACUUUUUAAAAACAAACUGGACGAAGAGCCUUCAAAAUCCAGCGUGCAUCGUCUGCUGGGCGCCGUUAAGUGGGAUUUUGCAAACAACACCAGAUGUAAAUGGCAUGAGGAGAACGACAUGUGGUGCUGUGCACUUGCAAGCUGCAAGAAAGCCACCUACUCCAUUAGCAGCGCUCUGGCCACGGUGUAUGGGGUGGUGCUGACAUCCGAUCACUUGCCCAACCUACAGGCGAACAACAACCAGAAGUGUGAAAGUAGUGAAACCAUUGUUCUCAAUGCCAGGAGGUAUCAGACAAAAACGGAUCGCCCCCAUCAGUCUGAGAAUGGAAACUCUGCGGGCGCGGUCGGAGGAGAUUCUCUGGGAAUGAGGGGGGUCGGCUCCACUCCUACCGCCAAGGUCCGGGGGCGAGGAAUCCUGCGCUUGUUGGAGGAAAUGCCGGCUCCUUACGCCACCUCAGGAUGAAUCCCUCCAUUACUGCCUCCUUUGAGUUAUUUGAGGUCUUAGAUUUAGUUUUUUUGUCCCUUGUUGCCGGUUAUCAUGGAAGCUCCAUGUGGUGAUCUCUACGUUGUAUAUCGGGUAUUGAUGAAGACCUCAUGUUCUCUGCUUUCAGAUCCACUUUAGAGCACUUACAGAGCAGUAAUUACAUUCUGUGUAUCCUACCGUUUUGUGUAUACAGCUCCCAUGCAGACUGUGAUCCUGCAGUUGUUACUCCAUUAUGUUACUUCACUUCUGCAGACAGUAGAAGACGGGUAACUCGUGACUGCAGGAGCAGACUACGCCCGGGGAUUGUUUGUAGUCUGUAGCUGUACUGACGCUGAGGGGCUGUGGACACACUGGUUGGAUCUUUAAUCACGAUUUUGUUUAAAGGUGCUCUGUUUUUCAUUUUAUAUGCUUUGGAGUUACAAAAACGUAAUUGCAAAGGUAACAAUUUAGCUGCUUGUUCAGAUGCUGCUCAGGGGCGGUUGCUUUACCUAAUUAUUAGAAUGUACGUUAAAGGGGUCGACUCACUUCAGCCAAUGGCAUUUAUCCUGUAGAGAGAGUUACUACAAGGCACUUACUAAUGUAUUGUGUUUGUCCAUAUUGCCUCCUUUGCUGGCUUCGUAAACUUUCCCAUCAGUGCUCGUUUCCAUGGUUACGACCACCGCUGCAGCCCGGACAGAAAAAUGAGUAUAGCCA